CACGGGCCCAAGAUGCCAGCUGUCCAGCUGCUGCUGAUGGCCUGUCUGCUGUGGGGUGGGGGGGCCAGGACAGCCCAGCUCCGCAAGGCCAACGACGGGAGUGGGCGAUGCCAGUACACCUUCACUGUGGCCAGCCCCGGUGAGUCCAGCUGCCCCGAGCAGGGCCAGGCGAUGACAGCCAUCCAGGACCUGCAGAGAGACAGCAGCACCCAGCGCGCAGACCUGGAGAGCACCAAGGCCCGGCUCAGCUCCCUGGAGGGCCUCCUCCACCGGCUGACCUUGGCUCAGGCGGCCGGGCCCUCGGAGACCCUGGAGGGGCCGCAGAGAGAGCUGGACACCCUGAUGAGGGAGCGAGAACAGCUGGAAAGUCAAAUCAGGGAGCUGGAGACAGCCUACAGCAACCUCCUCCGGGACAAGUCGGUGCUGGAGGAGGAGAAGAGGCGGCUGGGCGCAGAGAACCAGGAUCUGGCCAGGAGGCUGGAAAGCAGCAGCCAGGAGAUAGAGAGGCUCAGGAGGGGCCAGUGUCCCCCGGCCCACAGCACCUCUCAGGUGGCACCACCAGACUCCAGGGAAGUUUCUAGAUGGAAUUUGGAGAACGUGGACUUCCAGGAACUGAAGUCAGAGUUAACAGAGGUUCCUGCUUCCCGGAUCUUGAAGGAGAGCCCACCUGGCCAUCCUGGGAGUGAAGAGGGGGGCACUGGAUGCGGAGAACUUGUUUGGGUGGGAGAGCCUGUGACUCUGAGAACAGCUGAAACCAUCACGGGCAAGUACGGUGUGUGGAUGAGAGACCCCAAGCCUGCCUACCCCUAUACCCAGGAGACCACGUGGAGGAUUGACACGGUGGGCACCGGCAUCCGCCAGGUGUUUGAGUACAGCCUCCCCAGCCAGUUCGCGCAGGGCUACCCCUCCAAGGUGCACGUGCUGCCCAGGCUGCUGGAGAGCACAGGCGCCGUGGUCUACGGGGGGAGCCUCUACUUCCAGGGGGCUGAGUCCAGAACGCUGAUCAGGUACGAGCUGAGCACCGAGACAGUGAAGGCUGAGAAGGACGUCCCUGGCGCCGGCUACCACGGACAGUUCCCAUAUUCCUGGGGCGGCUACACGGACAUUGACCUGGCUGUGGACGAGUCGGGCUUGUGGGUCAUCUACAGCACCGAGGAGGCCAAAGGUGCCAUCGUCCUCUCCAAGCUGAACCCCGAGAGUCUGGAACGUGAACAAACCUGGGAGACGAACAUCCGGAAGCAGUCAGUGGCCAACGCCUUCGUCAUCUGUGGCACCUUGUACACCGUCAGCAGCUACUCGUCACCUGAUGCCACUGUCAACUUUGCGUAUGACACAGGCACGGGGACCAGCAAGGCCCUGGCCAUCCCGUUCAAGAACCGCUACAGGUACAGCAGCAUGAUCGACUACAACCCCCUGGAGAGGAAGCUCUUCGCGUGGGACAACUUCAACAUGGUCACCUAUGACAUCAGGCUCUCCAAGAUGUGA